AAAUAUACAAUGAGUUGGCGGCGUAACAGUUGUUAUGAACGGUUCAAUUGAGUGUUUGAGUUAAGGUUUCGCCCAUUUUUUUCAGUGAUUUUUCAAACCAAACAAACAAACAGAGAGACAGACAGACAGUGUGUUUGUGUUAUUAUUAUUAUUAUUAUUAUAUUAUUCAUUGGUUUUGUUUAUCAAACGAUUAUUAUUUACACCAAUCGAUCGAUCAAUCAAUCAAUGGAUGGCCACAAUCGGUGUCCGCACGCUGUCUAACACUCACUGACUGGAGUGGCCAUCACAGUAGUCGGUAGUACCGUAUAAGUCACUCAUUUACAUCCACUCGCAGACACUGAUGGAGUCGACAAUGACCCCCAUCGGUGGUGACCCGAUUACCUUCUCCUCUGUUAAUGUUGUCGACUCGGGUCAGGCCGACCACCACCACCUCCACCAACAACAACAACUGUGCGUUUGUGGCCACGGAUUCAUAGCCAACCAGUUCUGCAUUCAAUGCGAUAACUGUAAGGAAUGGUUUCACGGCCAGUGUGUCAAUGUUCACGAGUACGAGGCCGACGAAUUGGACAAAUACUACUGCAAUGUAUGCCAACUGAUGGACAAUAGUUUGCAAACAGUGCCGAAACAGUGGACAAACAAUUGGCGACACAAUCGGUGCGAACCGAAUCCGGCCACCAAAGCGGUACAGGCGGGUACCGAAGUGUUUGUAACCAAUUUGCGGAACAAGAAGUUUGCCGACGCCAAACAUAACCCGACGGUUAUUCAGCGUAUGAGAGGUCAACAGUUGACACUGAAGGAGAUACUCGUCAGCGGCUUUAAGGUGCCGAUUCUGGUCGAGUCUAAGGACGGUUUAGAUCUGACUGUGCCGGCCGUCGGCGAGUUUACCUACAAAAGCCUAUUAGACUACUAUCCGAUGGACUUCGAGUUAGAUGUCAUUGACGUCAGACGCCAGAUGAACAUCAAAAUGAAGAUCAAAGAGUUUGUCGACAAGUUUAAUGUCGGUCCCGAUCACCGAACCAGUGUUCACAACUGUAUUAGUUUGGAGGUCAGUUCGAACAGUACACUAUCGGCCAAAGUAAGGCCGCCGGCCAUUGUCAACAAACUGAGUUGGGUCGAAAACUAUUGGCCUCCUGUCGAGGCCCGACCUCAAGUGUCGAAGUACUGUCUCGUAUCGAUGCAGGACUCGUAUACAGAUUUUCAUAUAGACUUCGGCGGUACUUCUGUCUGGUAUCACAUACUGAGCGGCGAAAAAGUGUUUUAUAUAAUAUUGCCGACAAAAGAAAAUAUUGAAAAAUACGAACAAUGGAUGGCCAGCGAUACGGCAAAUGAACGUUUUCUACCCGAUAUAAUCGGCAAUAGCCAAUGCUAUCGGCUAUGUCUGAGUGCCGGCCAAACAUUGUUCAUACCGACCGGUUGGAUACACGCUGUUCAUACACCCGAAGAUUCGGUAGUUUUUGGCGGCAAUUUCUUGCACAGUCUGAACAUUGAACUACAGCUGACUAUUCGUGAAAUGGAACAACGGAUCCAAACGCCGUCCAAAUUUCAGUUUCCUUUCUUCGAGCUAACCCAUUGGUACGCAGCGCCUAACGUUUUGAAGCUACUACAGGAUAAUCUGUCGAAAAAGCGACCGCCGAAGCAUCUGAUAGCUGGUGUCAAAGCAUUGGUACCUCAGCUGAGAAUUUGGCUGAAAAGUAGCAAAGACUACGAAAACCAGAGCGAAAAUGAAUACCAGGUGUCGAUGUUAUCACCGAAAGGUUUCAAUUGUAAUCGACUAAUCAAAGACUUGAAUACUGUUCUAAACAAAGCCAUCAAAAUACAAGAGGGACAGCCAUUAGGCAAGAAAGGAGGAAAACCUUAUAAGAAAUUUGUGUUUAAGUCGUCGAACAAUCGAUCACUGAAUUCGACAAACCCGACGACGACGGCUAAUACAUCGCUGAAUACAAGUAGUCCUCAAAAGCAACCAAAUAUUAAGACAGAAGAAGUUGAUGACACUGACCAACCAUUGGUUAUGGAUGGCGACAAACGACAAGCGGCCACUAAAGUGCGAUCGCAAUCAAGCGAUUCGGAUUCGGCGGCCAAAAGCUCAUUAAAAUUUAAGUUAGCGAUAGUCGGCGCUAAAGAGAUAUUGUCGUCUAAAGAUACCGAUACGAACUUUAUGGACAAUAUUUUAAAUUCCGAGAUUUUAAAAUCAGAUAAUCGACAGAUUUUAUCCACUAAUAAAAAGUCGAAUAAAAGGAAACGCAAGACCAACGACAAUGGAUUAGAUGAAGAAGUGGAAAGUAUGAUCAAAGGCCGGCCAGAGGACGACGAUUACAUUUAUUUGGAUAUCGAAACACCAUUGGAUGAAGAUGCCGAAACUGCCGGCCUCAAUGUACCGAAAGACGAGGCGUGGACACCACGGGCCAGGGUCCAGAUCAGAGCUAUACCGAAAGCGCCGCGCGAGUCGCGGGACGCUAAACGUUCGGUGGUCGAGACGAGUCUGGCCAAUGCGGCCGCAAAACUAGAGAAUAUGCCGCAACAGAAGCGACACUAUUUGAAAAAGAAGACAAAACCAAUACCGAAACCAGCGGCGAAACCUCAAGUAGUUAUCGAACCUCAAGACAUUGUCGAAGCGACCACAUCAUCGAUGGACAGUCCAUUACUAGAUAGUGGCGGCGCCGCCGGUGGCCAAUCAAAGACUGCCUCUUCGGGUAACGGUAAUCAAUCGGUAAUACGCAAAGUGUCCAAAAAGGGAGAAAAAACAGCGAAACAAAGACUCCAGAAGAAAAUGAAGAGACUUUGUUAACCAAUUAUUAUUAUUAUUAUUAUUAUUAUUAUUAUAU